GUGAGCACUAAUAAAAAAAAUGACAGCUUUGGGGACAAAUCGGGGAAAAGAAAGGCGUAUAGCAUUCUUGGAAGCACCCACGAUUUUCUAGAAGAUUUUAAAACAGCCAUUGAAUACAAAGAACGUCACCUGAAGUUUGCGAAAGAACGGGGUGACAGAAUGGAAGAAGGGAAGGCGUUUUGCAAUCUUGGCAUCGCCCAUUACACGCUAGAAAAUUUUAAAACAGCCAUAGACUGCCAUGAACGUCACCUGAAAAUUGCGAAAGAAAUGGGUGACAGAUCGGGAGAAGGAAAGGCGUAUCUCAAUCUAGGCAAUAACCAUUUCGGAUUGGGGAAUUUUAAAACAGCCAUCGACUACUUUGAACGUUGCCUGCAAAUUGCAAAAGAAUUGGGAGACAGAUCGGGAGAAGGAGCGGCGUAUUGCAAUCUUGGCUCCGCCCUUGACAGUCUGGGAGAUUUCAAAACAGCCAUAGACUACCGUGAACUUCACCUGAAAAUUGCGAAAGAAUUGAGUGACAGAUCGGGAGAAGGAAAGGCGUAUAGAAAUCUUGGCAUCGCCCAUUUUAGUCUGGGAGACUAUAAAACGGCCAUUCACUACCAUGAACGUGGUCUAAAAAUUGCAAAAGAAUUGGGUGACAGAUUGGGAGAAAAAAUGGCGUAUACCAAUCUUGGGAUCGUCCAUCACAAUCUGGCAGACUAUAAAACAGCCAUUGACUACCACGAGCGUAGUCUAAAAAUUGCGAAAGAAUUGGGUAUCAAAUCAGCAGAAGAAAAAGCGUAUUGCAAUCUUGGUAUUGCCCACAACGCUCUGGGAGAUUGUAAAACAGCCAAAUACUGUUAUGAGCGCAGCCUGACAAUUGCGAAAAAAUUGGGUGACAGAUCAGCAGAAGAAAGGGUGUAUAACAAUCUUGGCGUCGCGCAUUGCAAUUCGGGAGAAUAUGAAACAGCCAUUGACUACCACGAAAGUGGUCUAAAAAUUGCGAAAGCAUUGGGUAACAGAUCAGCAGAGGCAGUAGCGUAUAGCGGUCUUGGCACUGCCUAUUACCGUAGGAGAGAAUUUAAAACAGCGAUAGAUUACAAUAAACUUUACCUAGAAACUGCGAAACAAAUUGGUGACAGAUCGAGAGAAGGAAGCGCCUGUGGUAACCUUGGCCUCGCAUAUCACAGCCUGGGGAAUUUUAAAACAGCCAUAUACUACUGUGAACGUAGCCUGAAAAUUGCGAAAGAAUUAGGUAACACAUUGACAGAGGGAUUAGCGUAUUCCAAUCUUGGUGAAUACUAUGAACAUCUCGGUCAAGUUCCAGUGGCUGUUAGAUAUUACCAGCUUGGUAUAACUGUGUUGAAUAAUAUUAGAGAUCGUCUUCAAUUGAACGACGAGUGGAAAGUUAGCUUACGUGAUCAAUACAAGGCAGUAUACUCUGCACUUUGGCGCUUGAGGUUAGAAGAAGGCAAGGUUACGGAGGCCUUGUUUUCUGCCGAGCAAGGAAGAGCACAGGGUUUGAAAGACCUUAUGGCAUUUAAUUAUGGAUUUGAAGUGAAUGACGCUGAACCAGGUAAAGAAAAAGGUACUUUUCAUGAAAUUUCCAGCCGCAUUCCUCUUAAUACGAUAUUCAUGGCGUUUGGAAAGAACGAAUUGAUGUUUUGGGUUCAGAAAGGAGAAGAAUUCCAAUUAAGAAGAAAGAAAAGCAGUCAGCAGGAUGAAAUUAGCACUUUCUUUGAAAGCCUUAUGGAGGUAAUGCGUCAGGAAAUUGGUACACUUGAUUAUAUGAAGUGUGAAGAUCGAUCGCUAAAACAGGUGAAUAAUCAGGGACCGGAAGUUAAAAGAUCAACUCCUCAAGACAGACAAACCCAGCACUUACAACUUCAAAAGAGUGCAUUAAAUACCUUGUACGACAUUAUCAUCGAACCUAUCCAAGAUCUUGUUGUCGGAAGAGAACUUAUUUUCGUCCCAGAAGGUCUCCUUUGCUUGGCUCCUUUCGCUGCAUUCAAGGAUCCAAACUCCAGAUACCUCUGUGAAUCAUUCAGAAUUCGCGUGGCUCCAUCUCUCAGCAGCUUGAAAAUGAUUGCAGAUUGUCCGUUAGAUUACCACUGUAAGUCUGGCGUGCUUCUUGUGGGUGAUCCGUGGGUGCAAGAUGUGACAGAGCUGGAGCAGUUGCCGUAUGCCAGAGAGGAAGUUGAGAUAAUUGGUAAAAUGCUUGGUUGUGCACCUCUUAUUGGAAGACAAGCCACAAAGGAUGCGGUAUUAAGACGAAUCGGUUCGGUUGCUUUGGUUCACAUCGCUGCACAUGGCAGCAUGGAAACGGGUGAAAUUGCCCUGGCGCCAGAUAAUGGUGAGAUGGAUUUCAUUUUGACGAUGAAAGAUGUAAAGCGCGUUCAGAUUCGUGCAAGACUGGUUGUACUCAGUUGUUGUCAUAGUGCUCAUGGUGAGAUCAAAGCAGAAGGCGUGGUUGGCAUAGCACGAGCGUUUUUAGGUGCCGGUGCUCGUUCUGUUCUGGUGUCGUUGUGGGCGAUUGACGACAAGGCCACUCUUGAGUUUAUGAAAAAUUUCUAUCAACAUCUUGUGAAAGGAAAAAGUGCAAGUGAAGCCUUAAACCAAGCAAUGAACUGCAUGAGAGAAUCUGAGGAGUUUGGCUCAGUCAAAUACUGGGCACCGUUUGUGCUUGUUGGUGAUGACGUCACAUUAGAAUUCGCUGGAUGCGAGCAGAAUGUGUCAAGGUAA